AUGGCUUCGGAAUAUACCAUCAACGCUAGAAGUGCCGUUGCUGCUGUAGCUGCAUCUGCUAAAUCUUUCCGCAUUUACUUCCAAGAUACGCAGAAUGGCAUCCGCGAAGGAGUCUACAAAGAUGGAGAGUGGAAUGUUUCUGGCAAGGCCAUCUUUUAUGCCAGGCGACUCAGUCCUCUUUCCGCUGUUAGCUGGGACGGGGGAAGCCAGAUUCGAAUCUACAGCAUCUCUGAAAAUGGGUUGCUUGAAGAGUGGUGCAACGGUAGUGGAGGGCAAUGGGUUCCAGGCUAUCUUACAAAGCUAAAGGUUCAAACGGCUCCAAACUCGUCUGUCGCUGCUGUCAACUGGGAUGGACAGAAUAUUCGUGUGUACUGCCAAGAAUCCUCCAACACUAUCCAAGAAUACUGCGUCGGAGAUCCUUGGAAGAAGGGUGCAACUCUUCCAGUCGCUGAUGUAGGAUCCAACCUUGCGGCUGUGUCGUGGACACAGAAGGGUAAACCACAUCUACGAGUUUACUACCAAACUACAGAUCUUUCCGUUCAGGAGCAUUGCUAUGACAAUGGCUGGAGCAAGGGCGGCUUUAAUCCUGGUGUCGCAUUGAAGAACACUGCCAUAGCUGCCACUGCGUGGAAUGGCUCUGAGGUGCAGCUUCGUAUCUAUUUGCAAGAUACCUAUGGGCAAUUGAGAGGUUACAAAUGGUCUGGCUCGUGGGAGAAAACGGAGUUUAGUAGCCCUGUGCCAGUUGGUACCCACAUGGUUGCGGUGAACUGGCACGAUGGGCAGAUUGUCAAAGUCUACUACCAGUCUGAGGAUGGGACUAUCUGGGAGGAGAGUGAUGACGGUACGAAGAAACAGGUUGCGUAG